CUCUGCCAGCAAGUCUGGAGGUUUGGCUGUGGUGGGGCUCCUGCUGAGUCUGGGGCCAUUGUGGAAGGCUGGGCACCUAGUUUACAGAGCAUAUCAGUCAGUUGCCCCAAAAGGUCCAUGCCCUGUAGCCUUCACCAUGCUCUUCUGACAUCCCCCCUUUUCCCCCAGGUGCUGCUGCAUGAAGAGGUGGAUGAUUCUGGCAUUGUCAGUCUGUCUCGGCUGGGCCCCUGUCUUAAGGACAAGGACCUGGAGAUGGAGGAGCUGAUGCUGCAGGAUGAAACACUGCUGGGAACCAUGCAGAGCUACAUGGAUGCCUCCCUCAUCUCCCUCAUUGAAGAUUUUGGGAGCCUUGGAGAGAGCAGGUUAUCUCUGGAGGACCAGAAUGAAGUGUCACUACUCACAGCUCUGACGGAGAUCUUGGACAAUGCAGAUUCCGAGAACCUGUCUCCAUUUGACAGCAUUCCUGACUCUGAGCUGCUUGCCUCACCUCGGGAGGGCUCCUCUCUGCACAAGCUGCUCACUCUCUCUCGGACACCCUCAGAACGUGACCUCAUCACGUCAGUUGAUCCGCUGGGGCCCAGUUCAGGCAAUAGUAGAGUGAGUGGGGUUGAGAUGUCUCUCGCAGAUCCCCCUUGGGACUUCUCCCCUUCUUCCUUCUUGGAGACCUCCUCCCCCAAACUUCCUAGCUGGAGACCCCCAAGAUCCAGACCCCGCAGAAGCCAGUCCCCUUUUCCCCAACAGCGUAGUGAUGGGGAAGAAGAGGAGGAGGUGGCCAGCUUCAGUGGCCAGAUGCUUGCUGUGGAACAUGGCAACUCAAUGAGCAGCAUCCCAGACUUUCCCAUGCACCUGGCCUGCCCUGAGGAGGAAGAUAAAACAGCAGCCGCAGGUAUGGCAGUGCAGGCAGCUGGUGAUGAGAGCAUCUCUUCCCUGAGUGAGUUGGUGCGGGCCAUGCACCCAUACUGCUUGCCCGACUUCACCCACCUGACAUCACUCAACAAUGAACUUCAGGAGCAGCCGGAUGAUUUGACACUGCCUGAAGAUUGUGUGGUGCUGGAGAUUGUGGGCCAGGCAGCCACAGCUGGCAAUGACCUGGAGAUCCCAGUUGUGGUGCGGCAGAUCCCUACUGGACCCCAGCCUGUGCUCCUGGAUGACUCACUAGAGGCCAGUCCAGCCUUGCAGCUGCUCCUGCCUACAUUUGAGUCAGAGACAGAGGCUGCUGUGACCAAGGAAGCCCUCUGCCUUGAGAAAGAGGGGUUGUCACUGGACUCAGGGGAAAAGCUGGAGUCAGCCUUGUUGGAGCCCAAGGAAAUCAUGGAGCCAAUGGUGCCCAAGGGGCCUCAGAACCCACCAGCCGAUGCAGCGCUGAGUUCCCAGAGAGCUCGAAAGGGCAGGAGAAAGAAGAACAAGAAACAGCCAGCAGCCUGUACAGAAGGCUAUGCCAUGAGACUGAGGUCAUCCUCUUGUGGGCAGCCUACUAUGGCUACAGGGGUGAUCUCUCAAGCAGGCACUUUGCCUCAGGAGGAACUUCAAAAAGAGGUUGGGCCUCCCCAUGGUAGAGGGAAGCCCCGGGCUUGGGCUCGGGCCUGGGCAGGUACCUUGGAGAAGCCUAGCUCUGGGAACUUGGAGAGUAAUGCUGGACAAGCUAGUCCUGCUGAAGAAUGUCCUCUUGACCUCUACCCCAACCUGGGUGACACCAUCGAAGUUAAGCCUGUUCCAACCCAUAUCACAUUGGUUGAUUCUGCUAAUGCCGACCCCAUGCCACUUGAUUCUGUUGAAACUGAUCCCUCUGCAAUUGAUCCUGUUCUAGGUGACCCUGUAUCUGUUGACCCUGCAUUGGUUGACCUUGCUUCAUCCAACUCAGGGCUGGUUGACCCUCUUCCAGCUGACCCAGUGUUGACUGAGCCAGUCCUGGCUGACUCUCCAGCAGUUGACCCUGCAGUGGUUGUUCCUGUCUCAGAUGACUUGCCACGAGUUGACCCUGUCUCCACCAACUUAGCACCAGUUGACUCUGUUCCCAAUGACCUGGCUCCAGUUAAGCCUGUGCUAGUUAAGUCUAGGCCAACUGACCCCAGACGUGGUGCAAUGUCAUCAGCCCAGGGGAGUCCAGCCCCCCAGCUCCUUCUAGAGUCAGAGUCCUUGGACCCCCCAAAGGCCAUCAUCUCUGAAGUUAAGGAGAUCGUGGGUCCUCUGAAGGUGGAAGGUGAUACUAAUGCCACAACCCAGGAAACCAGACCUCGGCCUCUUAGUCUAUCUGAGUACCGGCGACGAAGGCAGCAGCGCCAAGCAGAGGCAGAAGAAAGGAGUUCCCAGCUCCCAUCUGGGAAGUGGCCCAGCCUCCCAGAAACCCCCACAGGGCUAGCAGACAUCCCUUGUCUUGUCAUCCCACCAGCCCCAGCCAAGAAGACACCUCUGCAGAGAAGCCCUGAGACUUGCUUUGUGCCUGUGGGUGGUCCCAGUCCUGUUUCUCCUAGUCCUGAGCCACCUACAAGCAAAUCUGUGGCCUCAACUCCCACUGAGCAGUUGCCAUCCCAAGAGAUGCCACUGCUAGUGAGACCUCCACCUCCUGCUGUGCAGUCCAUGCCCCCAGCAAUGCCCACUGCUGUGCCUUUUCCACCGGGUGGGCUGGGCAUGACUCCCAUGCUGCCCCCACCAACCUUGCAGCCUCCUAGUCUUCCAAUGUCUGUGGGGCCAGUGCCACCUGAUCCCUAUACUCACUAUGCUCCCAUGCCACCCUGGCCUUGUUAUCCCCCAGUGUCUCCUUCUGGCUAUCCUUGUUUGCCGCCCCCACCAACAGUGCCCCUAGUGUCUGGUACCCCUGGCACCUAUGCUGUUCCCCCCACUUGCAAUGUGCCUUGGGUACCCCCUCCUGCUCCAGUCCCGCCUUACAACUCUAGCUGUACUUAUGGGCCCAUGGGGUGGGGUGCAGGGCUGCAACACCCUCCAUUCUGGCCUACUGUGCCCCCACCACCUUUGCCUGUAGCUUCUGUUGGGAGAGCUGUUCCCCCACCCAAGGUGGAGCCCAGUGGCAUCCCAGCUGGCCCUCCUGAAAGUUUACCUCCUGUACCGAUGGCUCCUCCCCUCACUCUGGGUUCAGCUGGCCAGGGAGCUCCACAGAUAGAGCCCACCAAGGUGGAGGUCAAACCAGUCCCUGCAUCUCCCCAUCUGAAACACAAGGUAUCCUCCCCAGUGCAAAGCCCACAGAAUAAGGUUUCACCAUAUCUGCCUGCUGAGAGUGUGGCUAUUGAGGAGCCUGCAUCAGAGAGGUUAAAACUUGAGACCCAGGAGACCAAGUCCAGGGAGAAGACACCCUCUCCUGUUGCCAAGGCUGUUCCCACACCAAAGCAGAGCACUGUCACUAAGUUGCCUGCUGUCCACCCAGCCCGUCUAAGGAAACUGUCCUUCUUGCCUACCCCACGUAUCCAGGAUCCUGAGGAUGUGGUACAGGCUUUCAUCAGUGAGAUUGGAAUCGAGGCAUCGGACCUGUCCAGUCUGCUGGAGCAGUUUGAGAAGUCAGAAGCCAAAAAGGAGUGCCCUCCCCCGGCUCCUGCUGACAACUUGGCUGUAGGAAACUCAGGCAGCGUUGACCCUCCCCAGGAGAAGAGGCCCCUAGACCGGUUACAAGCCCCAGAACUGGCCAACGUGGCAGGGCUCACCCCUCCAGCUACCCCUCCCCACCAGUUAUGGAAGCCCUUGGCUGCUGUUUCCCUGCUGGCCAAAGUCAAAUCUCCUAAGUCCAUCGUUCAGGAGGGAACCCUGAAGCCUGAAGGAGUUACAGAGGCCAAACAUCCAGCUGCAGCCUGCCUCCAAGAAGGGGUCCAUGGCCCUAGUCCAGUCCAUGUGGGCUCUGGGGACCAUGACUAUUGUGUCCGGAGCAGAAGCCCCCCAAAAAAGACUCCUGCUCUAGUCUUUCCAGAGGCAGGCUCCCGAUGGAACGUCAAACGCCAUCAGGAUAUCACCAUCAAACCUGUCUUGUCCCUGGGCCCAGUCGCCCCUCUUCCUCCAGGCACAGCUGCCUCCCAGGAGCCACUUGAUCACAGGACUAGCAAAGAGCAGGCAGAUCUCCCAGCCCCUUGCCUUGCCCCAUCUGCCUUGCUGUCCCCUGAGGCCUCGCCCUGCCGGAAUGACAUGAACACUAGGACUCCCCCUGAGCCCUCAGCCAAGCGGUCAAUGCGCUGUUAUCGAAAAGCCUGCAGGUCAGCCAGCCCCCCGAGCCGGGGCUGGCAGGGCCGCCGUGGCCGCAGCAGUUCUGUCAGCUCUGGGUCCAACCGGACCAGUGAAGCAUCUUCUUCCUCAUCCUCAUCGUCGUCUUCAUCCCGAUCCCGGUCCAGGUCCCUCUCCCCCCCACACAAGAGAUGGCGAAGGUCCAGUUGUAGUUCCUCUGGAUGUUCCCGAAGAUGCUCUUCCUCUUCCUCAUCUUCCUCCUCAUCUUCCUCAUCCUCAUCAUCUAGUUCCCGAAGCCGGUCCCGCUCCCCAUCCCCCCGCCGGAGAAGUGACAGGAGACGGCGGUACAGCUCUUAUCGAUCACAUGACCAUUACCAAAGGCAGAGAGUGCUGCAGAAGGAGCGUGCAAUAGAAGAGAGAAGAGUGGUCUUCAUUGGGAAGAUACCUGGCCGCAUGACUCGGUCAGAGCUGAAACAGAGGUUCUCUGUUUUUGGAGAGAUUGAGGAGUGCACCAUCCACUUCCGUGUCCAAGGUGACAACUAUGGCUUCGUCACUUACCGCUAUGCUGAGGAGGCAUUUGCAGCCAUCGAAAGUGGCCACAAGCUGAGACAGGCAGAUGAGCAGCCCUUUGAUCUCUGCUUUGGGGGGCGCAGGCAGUUCUGCAAGAGAAGCUACUCUGAUCUUGACUCCAACUGGGAAGACUUUGACCCUGCUCCUGUAAAGAGCAAAUUUGAUUCUCUUGACUUUGACACAUUAUUGAAACAGGCCCAGAAGAACCUCAGGAGGUAACCCUGGGCCCUUCUCCCCCUCCCCCUUUUUUUGGAGGUGUCCAACCAUCUCCAACCCCCUUCCCCACUCUAGGGGAGAGAGCUGCUAGUGAGGAGAUGACUGUUUUAUAAAGAAAUGGAAAAAGUGAAAUAAAAAAAUGUGUUAAAUCAGAUUUUUUAAAAGGGUAUUUGUUUUUAUAACAGGCAUUGAAACAAGUUAAUUUGCAUUCCUAUUUGAGAUGGAUGACAUUGAGGGAUUCCCCCUUUGUUUGGAUGAUUAAAGUCACUAUGCAGACUAAUAAAUACGAACUAGAGAGAACA